ACCUAUCCUACCGGUAUAUCAUGGCCCUUUCAAUAUAUAUUCAAAAAACAAAUGCUUCCUUCCAACACCAUCUACAGAGUUCAGAAUAUGACCCUGUUGGUGCUGCUGUCAAAAUGUUAACCAGCACUUUUUGUCUCUUAACUAGCUUUCUAGCCACUCUAGCGCGUGCCUCCAAAGUUCCUGUGACCUCCAAUUUCUCCAAUACUCCUGCUAUUUCGAAUAUCGCAGUGGCCGACGAACCACCAGUCGGGUCGAUCGUAAGGACUGAGCUAUCGCCGCUACUGUCAAAAUCGGGGGAAAUAUCACUCCCGAGUGACGGAGAUAGUUGGAGACGCAGGAGCAGGGGGUAUAGUCGCUUUCAGGAACCACCACUCGCAGCAGUAAUCAUCCCUAAGGACGAGGAUGACAUUCUUACUGCCGUAUGCCCACUCCCGUCUCGAUUUUAAACCGAUCAAGAAAGACUGACUGGGAAUAUGGGAGCAUAGAUGAAAUACGCCCAAGAAAGCAAGAAGGUGUUGCUAGUGAAAGGGGGUGGAAACGGACUGGCAAAGAUGAGCCAUCUUCGAGAUCUCAUCAUGCUUGAUCUCAGCGAAAUGAGUAAAGUCACUCUCAAUAUGGAGGCUAGGACAAUGGCAGUUCAACCGGGAGCCAGGGUCGAGGAGAUGUUAGAGGAGAUUGCGCAUAAAAAGUUUCGCUCUCGUGAGUUUUCAUUUACGAGCCUGCUCGUUCUUAUAUGGGCUGACUGGCCGUCUAGCAUUCCCUACGGGAGAUUGUGUGGGUAUAAUUGGAGUAACGCUCGGCGGUGACCAUGGUGUAUUCGACUGCGAGUACGGGCUCAUGAGCGAUAACCUGGUCUCGGUGAAGAUGAUCACUGCGAAGGGUGAAAGAUCUUUCUCAAUGCGACUGAGAACCCAGAUCUCUUCUGGGGGAUCAAAGGUGCGGGAAACAACUUCGUUCUUAUAACGGAGGCCACUUACCACGUACACCCCAAGACCCUCUUUUUCACCUCACCAUAGAGGCCUAUUACUCCCCAGACAAUCUGGAGCAAGUCUUCAAGGGGAUGAACGAACCGGAUAUGCCCCCGGAAUCCAGCUCUACAGUCUACUUUCUGCCCGACAGACGCGGCCCCCGGAACCUCGCAACCCCCACCUCUCCCUCCAAGUACAACCAAUUCCGCCACUAACUAUUUCCCCAAACAAAAAAGCCCAAUAUCCACCUUGCUUUCGUCUACCACGGAAAGCCAGACCCGGCAGGGGAGGCAUUCGAAAAAAUCUACAGUCACAUACCCAGAACAAAAACGACAGAGUCCCCAACAAGGUACCCGAGACUAAACACCGACAGGGGAAACUUGAUCCCUCUGCUUGAGUGCAAUCCCGACGGCUGGGGGUACGAGUACCGAAAGAACCAAUUCUCCGUCAGCAUGAAGACCCUCGACACAAGUGUUAUGGCAAUGGUGUACGAUGAAUUCUCGAACUUUGUCAGGAGUUACCAAGUGUAUUACUCUUCCACCGUGAAGUUUGAAUCCACAAGGGUGAAGAAGGGUGAUUCUACCACUAAUGAUGUGUACGCUCACAGGGACCAGAGACAUCAUGGGUACAUUCCUGCUCUACCCUUCCCUCUCCCCGAGAACUAGAAGGUUCUUCUAGCUAAUACAAAGGUAAUAUAACUCUCCUCAGCUAUGACGAAGAAGUCAACGACGCCAUAGCAACAGAAUUCGGGCACAGGAUCAGAGGCCUCCUGUAACACAACACCGACAACGGCGUACUCCACGUCUUGCCAAACUACGCUCGUGGAGAUGAGCCCCUCGGUGCGCUCUACGGGUACGACAUGGGAAGACUCAACAAGUUUGUCGCGCUGAAGAGGAAAUACGACCCAGAGCAGUUCUUCAGCGCAAUGACCCCAAUCCCAUUGGAACUUCCGGAAGACGUUCUCACCCAGACAGAGAACGGCGAGAAUAGGAUAAAGGUCUGGGGGGUCCUUGCCGGGAAGAAGAGAUUGACGGGGAAAUCUCCGGAGCCUCUAGAGGCUGCAGGAAUUGCAGGUGGGAGCCCUCUAGCCGCCAGAGGGGAGGAACUAGAAGAGCGCAAUCAAGCACGGGCAGAGACAACUGGACGAGAGAUUGGUCCUGAUGAAUCACAAACUCCUUUUCCUUUCGCUUAUUUCCGUUCCCUUGGACACCGCGUAUCAUACAUAAAUUUACUGGUGCCCUGCAUCAAGCAUAUUUGCAUUUUGAGUAGGUUAGCCCGGUUUUAGAAUGGUUUCUGUUUUUUUUUACGUCAUAUUUAAUGUGAGCUCUCUGGAUUCAUGGUUGGAAAUUGGUUGAUAUGCAUAACCUUGAAUGAAGCACCGUGAGAUCGAUAUCGGGCCUAUAAGUUCCAUCUGUAGUGUCGCGGGG